AUGACUAGCCAACAGACCGUUAAUGAAAAUAAAUCGAAAGUAGUGCAAGUUCCUUUGAACUUGCCAUUCGAUAAUAAUAGUUCACCUGACUCGAACGUUAUUGAAAUACAAGAAAUGCAUGUUCAUAAACCCAAAUAUUCUCGUGAAACCUUGCUACCGAAAAUUGCACAAAAUGGUAAACCUGUAUUCCUUAGUAACAUUUUCUCUUUAAAAGAAAAUAAAGAGAAACAAGUUGAAGCUGAGCCUACUAACAUCGAAUCUAAAGAUAUCUAA